UCUAAAAAAGAACAGAAAAAACAAUCGGCAUUGAGAAAAAUAGAUACACUCUGAUCCUAUUUAAAGGGGAGCUUGAGAUACCUCGAGUCAGUCCUCGCUAUAUAAACAAAGGCGGAGGACUGCAGAGAGAAAGCUUUUCGACCAAUAUGGUGUCGCCGGUGACUGUGGUGAAGAGUGAAGGGCCUAAGCUUGUGCCCUUUUUCAAAGCCACUUGUGUUUAUUUCGUCCUCUGGCUGCCGACUUCCAGCCCUUCCUGGUUCAGUGCUCUCAUCAAGUGUCUGCCUAUCUUCUGCCUGUGGGUCUUCCUGCUGGCUCAUGGGAUCAAUUUCCUGACGGCCCAUCGCAGUGCUUGUAGGAUCUUAGCCGGCCUGAUAUUCUCAGCUCUAGGAGAUGCCUUUCUCAUCUGGCAAGAACAAGGCUACUUUGUUCAUGGUUUGUUGAUGUUUGCUAUCACACACAUCCUGUAUUCCUCUGCAUUUGGGAUGAAGCCUUUGGACCUAAAAGCGGGCCUGGCAAUUGCCCUGGUGUCCAGCUUUGGCUACACCUUCCUAUAUUCCUACCUCUCAGGGCCAUUUACCUAUCUGGUAGCUGUCUACGUUGCCUUGAUAGGCUUCAUGGGCUGGCGGGCCAUGGCUGGUAUGCAGUUGUGCAAUGACCUUUGGACUUGGACCAAGCUCUCUGCUUGCAUUGGCUCCGUGCUUUUCAUGGUCUCAGAUCUGACCAUUGCAGUCAACAAGUUUUGCUUUCCUGUGCCAUACUCUCGGGUCAUCAUUAUGGCUACUUACUAUGCCGCUCAAAUGCUCAUUGCUCUUUCUGCUGUGGAGAGCAGGGAUGAAGAAAUCUUUCAAAAGAGGAAGUAGACAUGAUGCCCACAGACUUUCCGACUCUACUGGGAUACUGUAACCAUAUUCAUCAUGAGGGAGAUUAUCGUCUCUCUAGGUGAAAUGAUGAUUGCAUUGUCUUUGAUGUUCAACUGGUUGGCUGGAUUGUGGAUGCCACACUGGAAAUGUAGAUUACCAGACCUACUAGCAACAUGUUCUGUCUUGGAAGCUUUGGGAGGCCUGUGUGAUACUUCAUUGUAUUUGUAUAAUGUUGAAGCUAGUGCUUAACAUUCCAAAAUGGAGAAGGCUCAUUUCGGCAAAGUAGAACAACAACAACAACAACAACAGAUGGAGGCUGUACUUUGGGUUUUAACAGGCUUGCCUUUGGCACUGGAUGUGCCAGUUCAUGUCUGACCAAGCUCCCAUUUUGCGUGCAUUAUAGUACAACUGUGAAAUAAUUGUUUGUAUACACAAAGAACACCCCCCCUUCCCCUAGCUUGAAUCAUGUAAGGAUGCUGGAGCACUUCUGAGAAUUGUGUGGAUAGUAAAACUUUUGCCAUCCCUGGAUCAACCAGUCUGAAUUCCAGAUUCAUGCAACCAUUUAUUUAUAGGUUGUUAAAAGCCUUUUUUUUGUUCUGAAUGUGAAUGCUGUGGAACAUCUGUAGUUCUGCAGACUUAACAGCACAACAAAAUGCAACAAUCUUCUCAGGCUUGGGAGAAAGAAUGGGAAAUGAAAGGGUUUUGCAAUAGGCAGGUUCUAGUAUGCAAAAUCUCAGACUAGAAUAUGAGAAGAUUGAACUGGAAAAUGUUCCCUAUGCUGGAGCAUUUCAAUGUCUAAUACCCAGCUGCUUUGCUGGCUGAAUUUAUCUUCUGUGGCAAUGACCUGCUUGUCAAGCCUACUGUUAUCUCUUGGAUGAAUGAUGGUAUUGGAAUUGUCUUCUCUUCUCCCCAUCUGCAAAAUCCAAAACAAAGUUGAUGCAUUGUAAAAUAAAGCAUUGGCAGUAAUGCACAUUAAGCAACAGGUGCUCUGGUCACUGUGAACUAGCCUAUAUUUUGGACGUGUAAGUAUUAUUAAGAAGUCAUUAGUUCUGCUAUAGGUUUGAUGGAUUAUCAGGGAACAAUAUUAAUUUCAAAGGAAGCUGAUGGGCUUCUACAUAUAUCUGCUUGUGUUCCUAUAUCUGUCUGUACAUGCACAUAAAUAUUUUGUUACUUCCCCACCACAGAGCUGUAGAGACUGUGGGUGCCUUCAUACCCACAGCUGCAAUGCAGGGAUCACACCUACAUUUUAUAGCCUAUCACCAAAGUGCUGAAAGACAAAUCAAUAUGCUACUCUCCCAAGCUAUUCAUUCAUUUUCCUUGGGCAGCACUGAACUGAACCACUCUGCAGGAGACUGGGAAGGAAAUGCAACUUGGGAAAUGUGCUUGUCUGUGGCUUCCCAGGUUUUUUUUAAUUGGGUUGAAAAUUAGGUGGGCUGACCUGCACUGCAGCAGUCAGUGUGAAGACUUGGGUGCAUGACCCAUUGGUUAUCCACAGGACUUGGCUGGAUGCUCCAGAGGUAAUAAUUCCAAUACAAUUUCCUGGGUUCCCUUAUCUUGUAAAUGGAAAUAAUUUAAAUGUUCAUUUCCUUCCUGAACGUAGUCCUGACACUGUUAUAUUUUUUGGGGAUUCUGCACUUGUCUGCAAAUCAGCCAUGGAGUUUAAGUUUUUAUCUGCCUGUAAAAAUUGAAGAAGCAUCACUUUAGUCUUCGAAAGCCACUUUUUAAACAGUGCCACAUCUGCGCAUCUGGUUUGUAUACUCCCACAGACUAUAUAGUGUCUUUCUUGUUUUAAUUGCUAGGUGCAAAGCCAGUGUGGUACAGUGGUUAAACUGUCAGACAGGGAUCUGGGAGACCCAAGUUUGAAUCCAUACUCUGCCAUGCAAGCUUGCUGGGUCACCUUGGGCCAGUCAAACAUACUAAGCUAAACCUUUCUCACAGAGUUGUUGUGAGGAUUAAAUGGAGGAGAGAAACAUGACUUAGACCAGUAUGGUGAACCUUUUGGAGACUGAGUGCCAGGGGCGAAGCAAAGGAAAACUGAGUCUGGGGCAUGUGUGCGCCCUGCACCCCCGCCACGCCCCUGUCUGCCCCCUACCCUGGAACACCCCAAAACAUCCCUGUCACACCCCUGGAACGCCUUUGCCAUGCCCCCACAGGGGCACACACCCAGUGCGUUGGGCACUCCUUGUCCCCUUGACACUAUGCCACUGCUGAGUGCCCAAACUGGGGCAAUGGCGAGCGUGCCCACAAAGAGGGCUCUGAGUGCCACCUCUGGCACCUGUGCCAUAGGUUCACCACCACUGACUUAGACCAUACCUAGGCCUAUUUAGCUAUGGGAUGGUCUCAUAAUUUCCACAGUCCAGACUGGCUAGGUGUUUUGAUUUGUAACGAUUCCCUAUGAAAAUAUGCCGGCAGCCAACUGAGAAAACCCUGACUGGCCAAGUCUACAUUAUGGACCUAUACUGAAGAUGCUGAGAAAUACCCAUUAUUGUUCCCUAGACCGCGCUCCCAACCUAGAUUUUGGAGCAAAGAGGCUAUAGCUCCUCCAACAGAAUAGCUUGUCCAGCUGCAGAGGGGAGAGAGAGAGCGCACCAUUUCAAGGUUGCAGUGAGGAGGCAGGAAAGUAGCUUUAGCAUGACUCUGUUUACACUACUUAGAAUCCAACCUGUAGUUCCCAAAAGGGAUGACUGUAAGACUAAUUAAAAUGUGUAGUGCAAAUAUUCCCAGAGUAAUGCAUACCUUUCUAAAAGCCUGAAGAUAGAAAAAGGUUAGAAUUAUUUACUGCCUGAACUUAUGAUAGAGUAGAAAAGCAGAUCAGCUUUAGAUCAGCAAGGGUGGCAUAUACUUUUUUUUUGCUCUACAUCUGAAAGUGCUAAUUGGAGCUAAUCUAUCUAUUGGUGACAUUUUAAUGCCUUUCUUCCAAGAGCUUGGGAAAGCACAUAUACCAUCAUCCAUUUUAGCAAUAUAUCAUCACCCAUUUUUGCCUAGCAACCAGUGGGGAACUUUGAGAGUGAGAACAUGGGAAGCAUUGGCAGUGUAUGUCUAUGAUGUCACUUCACUCUAGGAACUGCCAGAAAUUCCAUGGUAAAACUGGCAAUUCCUGAAGUGACAUGGUGUCACUUUUGGAUUUCCCCUGGAAGGGAUGUCAUACCAUACACAACACUGGUUGUUUUUUCCUUCUACUGUUGCUCAAAGUAGCAGCAAGCAAUGAUGAUUCCUGGUGGGAUGAGACCUGGCAACCCUACUUUAACCUUGCAGCAAAGUUGUCAAGAGACUGGUAGUGACUGGCUCACUCAGUGAGCUUCAUGCCAGAUUGAGAAUCUGAACCCAGGUCCCUCCAGUUAUACUCUGACACUGACUCAUGAUCAGCCCACUUGCCUAGAAAGUGAAACAGAACAGGAAGAUCUUUCCCCCCUCUAUUCUUCUUGUUGGUGAAAACAUGGCUGAAGGAUGCCUUGUUACACUGAGACGUUCUUGGAUUCUGAUGGGCUGCCUUUCACCCCUUUCACAUACACAGGCACGUACAUUCAUAGCUGAAAAUUUACUAUGAUGUGCCUGCAUGAGCUCCAAUUAGGUGCAGUUCUGUGCUAGAACCCAAGUUAGGGAAUGAAUAAUCUCCUAGCAUCCCUGCUGUGGUACGCUAUGCUCACACAUGCGAUAGUAGAGAUGAAGUGAGUCAGACUACAUGUGGAUUGUAGUAUGGAUCUACUUGAGUUUAUUAAGAAUUGUACUUGAGCCUUUGUAAGAGUUUUCUGUUCUGUGCUGAACCGGGUCAGGGCUGCAAAAUUUAAUCAGACUUUUCAUCAGCUGCAGAAAAAAUAAUUUAUUUACAUAUAUGUGAAACCAGAACUCUAGUUGUAAUGGUCAGUUUGAUUUUUAUUCUCAUGAUUCAGAAAAGGUUAUUUAGCAAAGUAAUUUCAUCCCUUUCUGAACUGCUGUAUGAUUGUUGUUAGGCAUUAAGUUGUUUUCUUAGAUUAGAGCAUUUCCAUUAAAUCUUUCUUAUACUGAUUAUGUAGAUAUCUGAUUAUUGUUAAUGCACAGAGAAAGGGUGAGAUGCUUUUCUGAUGCAAAUGGACAUCCUGGUCAAAUGCAGCUUUUACUUUCCCACAACCAACUAAAGCAAGACCCUCAUAUGAAAUAUCCCUUGCUGAGUCAUGUACAUUCUCUUCAAGAAGAUGUGGCCUCCUGCAAUUUUUCUUCUAGAGCCCACUAUUUCCCUCUUCAGUUUGGCACAGUGUGUUUCAGAUUGUUAGUUUGGAAUAAAAAUAGUAUAACCAAA